AUGGCGCUCCCUCUUUUUAAGGCCCCUCUCCAUUUCUCGCCGCCUCCAUCUCCUCCUCAGCCCUUCCCUUCCACCGCACACCCACACACACAGUACACGCGAGCACAGCCUCCUCCUUCCCCGUCAGAUCAGAAAUUCAGUAGGCGGCCCUCUCCAUGAAGGUCCUGAUGUCGCGUCGGCGCGGCGCGGCCGCCGGGCUGCGCACCAAGAAGAAGGCGCGCGGAUUCAUGUGCGGCUGCGGCGGCACCAAGGCCGUGUCCGUCUCCGACGGCUCGGACAAGUCGCCCAUGGCCACGCCGCAGACCGCCGCGUCGACCACUCCUACUACGGCGACGAUGUCCACCACCACCGCCGCGACGACGACGAAGGCGAUGAUGAGGAGAAGAGCCGGCGGGGGCAGGCCGCCCGCGACGACGUCGUCCCUGUACGCCGACACCACCGACGACGGCCCCAGCAGCAUGGACAGCAGCACGCCCAGCCUGUCCGCGCUCCUGCGCCAGCUCGGCGAGCUGGAGCGCAGCGUGCGCUGCCUGCACGCCGGCGGCUGCGGCAACGGGGCGGAAGGCGGCGGCGGCGGCGGCGGCGGCAAGCAGGGGCGGCGGCACCGGCGGGCGGCGAGCGAGGGCGGCGGCGGCAGGUCCGGGCGCGUGGAGGAGAGCGUGGCGGUGGUGAAGGAGUCGGCGGACCCGCUGGCGGACUUCCGGCGGUCGAUGCUGCAGAUGAUCGUGGAGAAGGAGAUCGUGGGCGGCGCGGAGCUCCGGGAGCUGCUGCACCGGUUCCUGUCCCUGAACUCGCCGCACCACCACCACCUGAUCCUCAGCGCCUUCGCCGAGAUCUGGGAGGAGGUGUUCGCCGGGUACGAGCGCGCGCCGGACUUCCUCGCCGCGCACCGCAGGAAGAAGAAGAAGCAGCAGCACCUGGCGGCGGAGGCGAAGACGCGCGGCGCUUAAUUCUCACCUGCUGUUGCUGGAUCGACCCGUCCACCCCGGCCGUGGAUCGCUCCUUUUCCAUCUGUUUGGAUGAUUGGUUUCGUUUCAACAAGCGUGUGUGUGUGCAAACGAUUGCAAACGGGCGAGAGCCGGUAGGGAUGAACACCGGAGGCUCCAAAUGAGUGCCUUGCAGACUUCCUAAUUAUGCUGCUGCUGCUGCUUCCAGA